UGCAACGUUUUCUCCAAUUCUUGGGGCAAGAUCCUCGUCAGAAUGAGUCCGUCAGAUUUGCCAUAGUCGUCGUCAUGGUCGUCAGUGCCGCGGGGAUUUUCAUUCCUACGUCGCUGGAACUGUACGUGUCGAUGAAAAAGAAAGACAUGGACGCUGUGAUCGAGUGUCUGCCGCAUUUAAUAGCAACCGUGACCAGCGUGGUCAAAAUACUGAAUCUCUAUUUUUACAGAGAGAACUUUAAAAGGAUGUUUGGCAUGACCGUGGCGGUGUGGCACCGCCUGAACUCCGGGGAACUGACAGUUUUGGAAGAGAUCACGGCGCGUGGUAGUCGAGUGGCUCAAUUAUACAGAAAUACGCUAUUGAUAUUUACGGUCUUGUUCGUAUCGGUGCCAAUGCUCUUUCCAAUUAUGGACGUGAUCGCGCCUUUAAACGAGACCAGACCGAGGCAACAGAUGCUAAGGGUCAACUACGUAGCCUUUGAUGCCGACGAAUACUUCUUCUACGUUUAUAUUCAACUGUCUUGGUCAGCUGUGGUGGUAGUUUCUAUCAUAGUGACAGUGGAUUCCCUUUAUAUCGUCAUAAUCCAUCAUAACAGCGGCCUGUUUGCCGUUUGCGGGUACAAAUUACAAAAUGUGACCAAGAAUCGAGACGCUCAACUAGAGAACGAAUCGAGGAUGUACGGGAAGUUCCGCGAAUGCGUUCUCGCCCACAAAGAAGCUAUCGAGUUUUACGACGCACUGAAUCAAAGCAGUCGCAACAGUUAUUUACUCCAGGUCGGACUGAACAUGAUGGGCAUCAGUGUCACUGCUGUCCAGACAGUCGUAAACCUGGACAAACCCGAGGAGGCGAUUAGGACCGGAAUUUUCCUCGGGGCAGAACAGUUCCAUCUCUUCGUCAUAAGCCUGCCAGGGCAAGUCCUCAUCGAUCAUUGUUCCCAACUCGCGGAAGACAUAUAUGGUUCCACUUGGUACAAAGUGCCCGUCAGGAUCCAGAGGAUGCUGUACACGAUGCAGAUCCGCAGCAGCAGGCGCUCAGCUCUGACCGCUGGCGGUCUGUACGAGAUGAACAUAGAGAAUUUUGGAAUUACAUUCAAGACGUGCAUGUCCUACUUCACCAUGCUGAUGUCCCUUAAAGAAUUAUCUCAUUCGGAAGUAGCCGUCGGUUUCCGUAAACGCAAAAUGCACCCUCUUGAAGACGGUGAGAGUAGAACAGUGAACGGGGCUUCUUCUCUCGAUAUAUUUGAUAUCCCUCAUUACGCCGAGCUAAAGAGAUUCCUAAGAUUCGCGGGGCAGGAUCCUCGUCAGCAUGCGGCCACCAGAAUAGCGAUUAUGGUCGCGAUAGUUAUCAGCACCUCGGGAGUCAUCAUCCCUUCGUCGCUAGAAGUGUACCUGUCGCUACGAAGGAAUGAUAUGGAUGCCGUGAUCGAGUGCCUACCUCAUUUAAUAGCCAGCGUGAUCAGCCUGGUGAAGAUCGUGAAUCUCUACCUCUACAGAGAGAAUUUAAAAAAUAUGUUCGAUAUGAUUACGGCCGAGUGGCAUCGGCUAGGGUCGAAGGAAUUCGUAGUUUUGGAAACGGUUACGGCUGAGGGGAGUCUGGUGGCGCGCCUUUACCGAAAUUCUCUUUUAUUCGUCUUGGUCCUCUUCGUCACAGUACCAUUGCUUCCUCCGCUCUUGGACGUGAUCAUACCUCUGAACGAGACCAGACCGAGGCCACAAACGAUGAGAGUCAACUACGUGCUCUUCGACGCCGACGACUACUUCUUCUACGUCUACCUUCAAUUGUCCUGGUCGGCAACCGUGGUCGUUACCGUCAUAGUGACGGUCGACUCUCUUUACACACUCAUCAUCUAUCACAACAGUGCCCUGUUCGCUGUUUGCGGGUUCAAGGUGCAAGAGGCGACUAAAAAUGAAGUAUCGGUGACGGAUGACGAUUCUGAGGUGUUCGAGAGAUUUAGAGAAUGCGUAACCGUCCAUAAGAGAGCUUUACUGUUCUACGACAUCUUGUACAAAAGCAGCAGCAACAGCUAUCUGUUCCAAGUCGGGCUGAACAUGAUGGGCAUCACCGCGACUGCUGUUCAAACAAUGGCGAACCUCGAUAAACCCGAGGAGGCUCUCAGAACCGGGUUCUUUCUCGGAGGGGAACAGUUCCACCUGUUCGUCAUCAGUUGGCCGGGACAGAUUCUCAUCGACUACUCUUCCCAACUUGAGGAUGACAUGUACGUGUCAUCGUCUCACUCGCAUAUAACAUACCAAUUACGCGUAGUACAGUAUUUGAUUGAUAAAUCGAUGUAUGAGUCAGGCCUGUACGCGUCAACGUUCGAAGCCCCGUGUCCACUUAUAUCGCAUCCGCGUGUCGUGUCGUCUUUGCGUAUCAAUGAUAAAAAUUACCUUCCAAGGCAAAAUGCAGCGCCUGCCGAUUCACGGGGCUUCGUAUCUCGACGAUUAAUAAAUGCCCGAUGAUCAAA